AUGGCUGAUCCCAGUGGUGCAGCACCCCAACCAGGGCCGAACGAUACUUCGACGGCCAUUCUGCGACCAAAGAAAUCGCCAAAUCGUCUCAUCGUCGAUGAAGCAACGACAGAUGAUAACUCUGUUGCGACACUAAACCCCGCAACGAUGGAGCUUCUAUCACUCUUUCGAGGGGACACGAUUAUCGUCCGCGGGAAGAAGCGUCGCGACACAGUGCUCAUCUGCUUGAGCUCGGAUGAUGUCGAAGAGGGUCGUAUACAGAUGAACAAAGUGGCUCGCAAUAACCUGCGAGUGAAGCUUGGUGACCUUGUAAACGUCCACCAAUGUCUCGACAUCAAAUACGGGAAGCGCGUACACAUCCUUCCAUUCGACGACUCGAUCGAAGGCCUCAGUGGCAACAUCUUCGAUGUCUUCCUCAAGCCUUAUUUCUUGGAGGCUUAUCGCCCCGUCCGCAAGGGAGAUACUUUCCUCGUUCGCGGUGGAAUGCGCACAGUGGAAUUCAAAGUCAUCGAAACGGAUCCUGCCGAGUUCUGUAUAGUGGCGCAGGAUACGGUCAUUCACACAGAGGGCGAUCCCGUCAAGCGCGAGGACGAGGAAGCUAACCUGGCUGAUGUCGGAUACGACGAUAUCGGUGGAUGCAGAAAGCAGAUGGCCCAAAUCCGUGAACUCGUCGAACUCCCUCUGAGACAUCCUCAGCUCUUCAAAUCCAUCGGUAUCAAGCCACCUCGCGGUAUCCUCAUGUUCGGUCCUCCAGGUACUGGAAAGACCCUUAUGGCACGCGCUGUCGCCAACGAAACUGGCGCAUUCUUCUUCCUAAUCAAUGGUCCCGAAAUUAUGAGUAAAAUGGCGGGUGAGAGUGAAAGUAAUCUUAGGAAGGCAUUCGAGGAAGCGGAGAAGAACUCGCCUGCUAUCAUCUUCAUUGAUGAAAUUGACUCCAUUGCCCCCAAGCGUGAAAAGACCAACGGAGAAGUCGAGCGCAGAGUUGUCUCCCAACUCCUUACCCUCAUGGAUGGCCUCAAGGCCCGUUCAAAUGUUGUCGUCAUGGCUGCCACGAAUCGUCCCAACUCCAUCGAUCCCGCUCUCCGUCGUUUCGGUCGUUUCGAUCGCGAAGUCGACAUUGGUAUCCCCGAUCCAACUGGCCGUCUCGAGAUUCUCCGCAUUCACACCAAGAACAUGAAACUUGCCGACGACGUUGAUUUGGAGCAGAUUGCCGCAGAUACCCACGGUUAUGUUGGCUCUGACGUCGCUUCGCUGUGCUCGGAGGCAGCUAUGCAGCAGAUCCGCGAGAAGAUGGAUCUCAUUGACCUCGACGAAGACACAAUUGACGCCGAAGUCCUCGAUUCGCUCGGUGUCACUAUGGACAACUUCCGCUUCGCCCUCGGCACGUCCAACCCAUCUGCUCUUCGCGAGACUGUUGUCGAGGUGCCCACUGUCACCUGGGACGACAUUGGUGGUCUGGAGAAGGUCAAAUUGGAGCUACAAGAGACUGUCCAGUACCCAGUCGACCACCCGGAGAAGUUCCUCAAGUACGGUAUGUCGCCGUCAAAGGGUGUUCUUUUCUACGGUCCUCCUGGUACUGGUAAGACGCUGCUGGCGAAGGCUAUUGCCAACGAGUGCAAAGCCAACUUCAUUAGUAUCAAGGGCCCUGAACUGCUCACCAUGUGGUUCGGUGAGUCUGAAGCCAACGUCCGAGAUGUCUUCGACAAGGCUCGCGCCGCCGCACCCUGUGUCAUGUUCUUCGAUGAGUUGGAUUCGAUUGCGAAGGCUCGUGGUGGAGGUGGUGCCUCUGGUGACGGCGGAGGAGCGGGUGAUCGUGUUCUCAACCAAAUUCUCACUGAAAUGGACGGCAUGAACUCGAAGAAAAACGUCUUCAUCAUCGGCGCGACGAACAGGCCCGAUCAAAUUGACUCCGCCCUCCUCCGACCCGGUCGUCUUGACCAACUUAUCUAUAUCCCUCUUCCCGACGAGCCUUCGCGCUUGAGCAUCUUGAAGGCCGCUCUCAAGAAGUCACCCAUUUCUCCCGAGGUUGACCUCGGUUUCUUGGCCAAGAACACGCACGGUUUCUCCGGUGCCGAUCUCACUGAAAUCUGUCAGCGCGCAGCCAAACUGGCCAUCCGGGAGUCGAUCGAGUCCGACAUUCGACGAGAGCGAGAAAAGAAGGAGAAGGAGGAAGCCGGAGACGAUGCCGCGAUGGAGGAUGAAGAGGACCCCGUUCCUCAAAUCACUAGAGAGCACUUCGAGGAGGCAAUGAAGUAUGCCCGUCGUUCCGUUUCCGACCAGGAUAUCAGACGCUACGAGAUGUUCUCCCAGAACUUGCAACAAUCCCGUGGGUUUGGCAACAACUUCAAGUUCCCGGAGGGCCAAGGCCCCGCAGGUGGCUCUUCGACGACUGCUGGAAACGCCGGCUUCGCUGAGGAGGCUGCUGACGAUGACCUUUACGCGUAA